ACAGCUUCGCCUCAACGUCCACCAUCUCCUCACUCUACCAUGGCAUUUGGCUUGACGAUUGGUACUGAGCGUGCUACGGCAUUGCAGAACGCAAUCCAAGAUGAACUCACAAAGCGAGGGUAUAGCCCUGACGCAGAUCCUGUCAUGGCAGAAUACAUUACUAUCAUGAUUAUUAACAAUAAGACUCCCGCUCAGAUAUCGUCAGAGUUGGAAGAUCUCAUUGGCUCCGAAUUUGAUGCAAAUUUCGUCGACUGGCUUUUUGCUGAGGUAUCGAAGGCUGCACCAGAAGCUGAAUCAUCAACCGCUCCUGCUCCUGAGCCUGCGCCCUCUGCCGUACCUCCCCCUACCCACGAAACUCCCCCGCAUGUGCAAAACGAGCUACCAAGACGACCCCCAAAUGGCCCGCGCGCCGGCCCCUUUCAGCAAGCUAUCGCACAAGCUCUUCCUUCUACUUUACCUUCCGCACAGAAACGUCCUGCAUCCGCACGUUCGCCUUCACCAAGUGGACAUGCGCACAAGACGCGACGGAUGGACCUACCUACCGGGCCACGCGCAAUGCAAAGAGACGGUCUCAGCAACAUGCCGAGUGGCUCUCGCAGUCUUCUCGAACGUAUGAGCUCUCCACGGAAUGGUCACUUCGUGAAGGAUGACAUUCAAGCUCGUAUUGACAACAUCACCGCACAGAACCCGGAGAUGGCUAUGUUGAUGGGCGGCGCACCCCAAGGCUUCCCGAUGAGCGGUAUGCCUGGGAUGGAUAUGGCGGCGAUGCAGAUGACAAAUCCGAUAAUGCUGCAGGAGAUGAUGAUGAACCAGAUGGCGUUAAUGACGCAAAUGGCGGGGGCGAUGGGAAUUCUCAACCCUGCAGCGAUGAAUAUGAACGGCUUUCCGAUGCAACCGGGCAUGGAUAUGAACAUGAUGGGUGGCAUGAAUGGUCAGCAAGGUAUGAGCGGGCGGGGAAGGGGCAGGGGAAGGGGCGGCAUGCGGGGCGGACACGGAGGACGAGGAGGCCAUACCCCGGCACCGUCGUCGAGCAUGUUGGACAAUGCACCUCCUGCACCUGCUAUGAAAGCUGAGCAGGCACCAACUGUUGCAGCUAUGCCUACCCCGAUCAUCGCAGCACCGACCCCGGUCGUUGCUCCUCAAAUCACGCCGUCUACGUCCCAGAGCCGGUCAGGUUUCGUCCCCCCGGAACGACCUCAAUCACCUACACUCUGCAAAUUUGGUGUAAAAUGCUCCAACUCAGUCUGCCGGUAUUCACAUCCUUCCCCUGUCGCCACUCCGGAGAGCGGUGUUGUUCUCAGCAACGAGCCUUGCGAGAAUGGCAAGGACUGCAAAGACAAGGACUGUGUCAAGUCCCAUGUAAGCCCCGCCGUAUUGAAGGCAACCGGUGAGCAGCUUAAUCCCAAGGCACCAGCGUUCACGCCAGGCGCUGCUCAAUCUCCCGCUCCCUCGCAUCAGUCCCAAAUUCCCUGCCGCUUCGGCGCAGCCUGUACACGACCAGGCUGCGCUUUCCUUCACCCCAACCAGAAGCCAGCGAACUCGGUCUCGCAGCCGUGCCGGUUCGGCACUGCCUGCACAAGGGCGACGUGCCCCUUCCAACACCCCGAGGGACGCGUGUUACCUACGACGUUCCAUCGCGGCUUGUCAGCUUCCGGAGGGCUUGUCACCGUCUCAACGCCGGAGACGGGCAGCAUGGGUGCACAUAGCCACAACAAGAGCGUUACGUUCAAUAAUCCGGCUAAGACUGGUGCGAACGGCGCUGCAUCGAGCGCGGCGGAGCUGGAGAAGAGGGUAAAGGAGGUUGAGGAGAAGAAAGCCCAGGCCUUGCAGGCCGUCGCACAGGCGGAGGCUGCCGCAGCUGCAAAGAAGGACGACUCGAAGCCCCCAGUUCCGAUAUCCGCAUAAUGUGUUGACAUCCACGUUCGCACGCUCGGUCACCCAAAAAAAUAGCUGCACAUGGCGGGACCAUCUCUUAGAAGUAACGAUUAUCAUUCCUCUGCCCAUGUAAUAUUAUCCUCGAGCUUAGCUUACAUCAGUGCUUCUCUUUCUCUCGUCUGUCUCUAUACCUCUUUCUGCUAGUGUAGCACUCGACUUCCCUUUUUUUUGGAGAGGCCGUAUCAAUUGGAGAGAUGCUCAGAAGGAGGUCUGCGACGACGCUGCGUUCCUCUGGCAUAUUCCCCUCCC